AUGUUUAUCAUUUCAACCAUCGCGGAUCUCAUCCCGAUCUGUCCUGAGGACUUUGAUAAGUCCAGUGCAGUGGCUAUCGAGGAUAAUAUUAAUGCCAAAUAUGCCAAUAAGGUUAUCCAAGAAUUGGGCCUUUGCAUGAGCUUCUAUUGUCUAUUGGAGGCCUCUGAUGGUCUAAUUGGCCAUGGAACUGGAAUGGUCAAUGCAAACGUAACAUUUGACAUGAUUGUCUUUCGUCCGCACAAGGGCGAGAUCAUGAUGGGCAAAAUCUCCAGUGGAAGCGAGAAGGGAAUCAAAAUUACCAUGGAAUUCUUCAGUGAUAUUCUCAUCCCUCCUAGCUUGCUCAUGGAGGGCGCUAAGUUCGACCAUGCGGAGCAAGUCUGGACCUUCCAACCUGAGGAUGGACCCAUCAUGUACUUUGAUGUUGGAGAGAUUGUUCGCUUCCGUGUUGAGGCUGAGGAAUGGAACGAGCAGAAUCCAAAUGCGCCAGAUGUCUUUGAGGAUACCUCAGAGAUAAAGCCUGUUUCCUACUCCAUCAUCGGCUCAAUGCAGUUGGAUGGACUUGGUCCCGUUGCGUGGUGGUGA